GGCUCGUCUGUUUGCGGAAGUAGAAGGAAGUAGAAGUGCUGAGUAAGCCGAGGUCCCUCCAGGCCCAGAAUCCAGGGAGCAGCGCCGGUGGGGACCGUCUGGGCGCCUGUGCAGGAGGCCGCUGCGCGUGGGGAGGCGGGCAUGGGAGACGGAGCCCGGCUGACCAGAGACCCCGUUUUCUUCCAGCCUGAGGGGGAAGGCGGCGGGGCCUCCCCGCCGGCCCCACGGAGGAUGCAGUUCUUCGGCCGCCUGGUCAAUACCCUCAGCAGCGUCACUACCCUGUUCUCCAACCCGUUCCGGGUGAAGGAGGUGGCCGUGGUGGACUACGUCUCAAGCGCCCGGGUCCGGGAGGAAGGGCAGCUGAUUCUGUUACAGAAUGUUUCCAGUCGCACGUGGGACUGCAUCCUGGUCAACCCCAGGAACCCCCAGAGUGGAUUCCGACUCUUCCAGCUGGAGACGGAGGCCGAUGCCCUGGUGAACUUCCAGCAGUAUUCCUCCCAGUUGCCGCCCUUCUACGAGAGCUCCAACCACAUCCUGCACAUCGAGGUCCUGCAGCAGCUGACCGACCUCAUCCGCAACCACCCCAGCUGGUCGGUGGCCCACCUGGCGGUGGAGUUGGGGAUCCGAGAGUGCUUCCAUCACAGUCGCAUCAUCAGCUGCGCCAACAGCACGGAGAAUGAAGAGGGCUGCACCCCCCUGCACCUGGCCUGCCGCAAGGGCGACAGCGAGAUCCUGGUGGAGCUGGUGCAGUACUGCCACGCCCAGAUGGACGUCACCGACAACAACGGAGAGACGCCCUUCCAUUAUGCUGUCCAGAGUGACAAUUCCCAGGUGCUGCAGCUCCUAGGGAAGAACGCCUCGGCUGGCCUGAAUCAGGUGAAUCACCAAGGCCUGACCCCGCUGCACCUGGCCUGCCAGCUGGGGAAGCAGGAGAUGGUCCGCGUGCUGCUGCUGUGCAACGCUCGGUGCAACAUCAUGGGGCCCAACGGCUACCCCAUCCACACGGCCAUGAAGUUCUCCCAGAAGGGAUGCGCCGAGAUGAUUGUCAGCAUGGACAGCAGCCAGAUUCACAGCAAAGACCCUCGCUACGGAGCCAGCCCCCUCCACUGGGCCAAGAACGCAGAGAUGGCCCGCCUGCUGCUGAAACGGGGCUGCGACGUGAACAGCAUCAGCUCCGCGGGAAACACAGCCCUGCACGUGGCCGUCAUGCGCAACCGCUUUGACUGCGUCAUGGUGCUGCUGACCCACGGGGCCAGCGCCGAUGCCCGCGGCGAGCACGGCAACACCCCGCUGCACCUGGCCAUGUCGAAAGACAACGUGGAGAUGAUCAAGGCCCUCAUUGUGUUUGGGGCAGAGGUGGACACCCCGAAUGACUUUGGGGAAACUCCUGCCUUCAUAGCCUCCAAGAUCAGCAAACUUGUCACCAGGAAGGCGAUCUUAACUCUGCUGAGAACCAUAGGGGCCGACUACCGCUUCCCACUCGUCCAAGGCGGCUCGGCGGAGCAGUGCUCCGCAGCAACGCAUUCCUUCUUCUCCCUGGAAAGAUCUCAGCCCCCACCAAUCAGCUUAAACAACCUAGAACUGCAGGACCUCAUGCAAAUCUCUCGGGCCCGGAAGCCGGCCUUCAUCCUGAGCUCCAUGAGGGACGAGAAGCGAACCCAUGACCACCUGCUCUGCCUGGAUGGAGGGGGCGUGAAAGGCCUUGUCAUCAUCCAGCUCCUCAUCGCCAUCGAGAAGGCCUCGGGCAUCGCCACCAAGGACCUCUUCGACUGGGUGGCAGGGACCAGCACAGGGGGCAUCCUGGCCCUGGCCAUUCUGCACAGCAAGUCCAUGUCCUACAUGCGUGGCGUCUACUUCCGCAUGAAGGACGAGGUGUUCCGCGGCUCUCGGCCCUACGAGUCGGGGCCCCUGGAGGAGUUCCUCAAGCGGGAGUUCGGAGAGCACACCAAGAUGACGGACGUCAAGAAACCCAAGGUGAUGCUGACAGGAACCCUGUCUGACCGUCAGCCGGCCGAACUCCACCUCUUCCGGAAUUACGAUGCUCCAGAUUGUGUACGGGAGCCUCGAUUCAGCCAGAAUAUUAACCUGAAGCCUCCAACUCAGCCCUCAGAGCAGCUGGUGUGGCGGGCGGCCCGGAGCAGUGGGGCAGCCCCCACCUACUUCCGGCCCAAUGGGCGCUUCCUGGAUGGCGGGCUGCUGGCCAACAACCCCACGCUGGACGCCAUGACCGAGAUCCAUGAGUACAACCAGGACCUGAUCCGUAAGGGUCAGGGCCACAAGGUGAAGAAACUCUCCAUUGUCGUCUCCCUGGGGACAGGGAGGUCCCCGCAGGUGCCAGUGACCUGUGUGGAUGUCUUCCGUCCCAGCAACCCCUGGGAACUGGCCAAGACUGUUUUUGGGGCCAAGGAACUGGGCAAGAUGGUGGUGGACUGUUGCACGGAUCCAGAUGGGCGGGCCGUGGACCGGGCCCGAGCCUGGUGCGAGAUGGUCGGCAUCCAGUACUUCAGACUGAACCCCCAGCUGGGGACAGACAUCAUGCUGGAUGAGGUCAACGACACGGUGCUGGUCAACGCCCUCUGGGAGACCGAGGUCUACAUCUACGAGCACCGGGAGGAGUUCCAGAAGCUCAUUCAGCUGCUGCUCUCGCCGUGAGGCCGCCAGGCCCCCAGGCCCCCCCACCCCCCACCCCCCACCCCCCCCCAGCUCAAACACUAAGGGUGCCCGGGCUGGGGAGGCCGGGCAAAGCCCACCCACCACACCACAGGGCAGAGCCGGGCCCCAGCAGCUCUGUGUCCACACACCGGGCUUAGGAGGCUGGCUGGGCUUCCUGCUUGAGGCUGGUCCUAAGGGCCUCUCUUCCCCUCUGUCCCCGCCUUCUGGCACUCUGCCAUUCCAGGCUUGGAAAGCCUCGAGCCCCUCUCGGCCCACCCCCGACCGCCAAGGAUGACUGGCUCAAACACUAGGGGCGCCCGGGCGUGGGCCCAGCCCGGCCUCCCAGAGGGUCCUAGGCUCUUGCCGGUCCCUGGCGGGAGCUGCGACCCCUUCCACCCUCUGCCCCUUCCCUGGGGGCGGGGCUAGAGAAACGGGCCAUCUCACCCCAUCUGGGGAAACCCGAGCUCCAGGAGUGGGCUGUCCCAUUCGACUUUGUCCCCCGACACACACCCAGCCAGCUGCACCCCCCAGAGCCGCCCCACCCUGUGAGCGCUCAGCUCUCAAAAGUCGCUCCCGGGACCAGUUAUUCUUCCCGACAGGAAGUGGUUUAUAAAGUGAGGCGGGGACCGCCUCAAACUGUGAAAUAAAUGGUUAAUUUCA